AAGGAUUCGAAUUCGAGCCUUGUGGUAUAUACUGUUGGCGUGAUUAAUUGUACCCAUUAGUAAACUAUUAUUACUUUGGGAAGUUUAUUGUAAUUGGUCUGCUUCUCCUAAUUACCCUAGGUCUCUGUCGAUGGGUAUUAGUAGGGUUUACAUCCCAAGCAGCCAAACUAGGCUUGUAGGUGGAUUUCUAUUCUGCCGAUCUCAUAUAGUGAAACUCAUCUGAGAGCUCUGCUCUCCGUGGACUAGUCCCGUUAUUGGGGAAACCACGUAAAUCACCGUCUCGUUUACUUUCCGCAGUUAUCAGUUUUUACAUGGUAUCAGAGCCUAGAACCGAAAGGUCAUGUGUUUGAAUCUCCACGACCCCCAAUAUUAACCGUUGUCUUUCAAGCACAUGGUAUGGUGGGCCUGUGCAAACUUCAAGCCCAUGGGUUGGCUUUCGUUUGAGGGGGCGUGUUAGAGAGUGGUAUAAGAUCCAACAACUCGAGUUAUUGGGAUCAACUGGUUCUUGACAUGGUAUCAGAGCUGUAAUCGAUCUCGCGGCCAACGAUCACAACCAUGACCAAGGAUGAAGACUCUUCGAGUGGUACUAAGGCAGCUAUGAUCGACUGUGAAUCGAUCCCGCUUACUUCUCCUUUAUUUCUUCAUCCCUCGGAAAAUCCUUGGCAAUUGUUUGGCCCUGAUCUGUUAACAGAUUUGAAUUACAAUGAAUGGGUUAGCGAUAUGACGGAGACCCUCAUCGCCAAGAACAAAAUGGCUUUUGUCAAUGGCAGCUUACCUCUUCCGGCGGCAGGCGAGGGCAUUCGUCUUGAAGCUUGGGAUAGGUGCGACGCAACCGUGAAGGGUUGGCUCAAAACCUCUAUGAAUAAAGAGGUUCGGAACAGCGUACGCGGGGCUAAAACGGCUAGGGAAAUAUGGCUGGACCUCGAGCAGCGGUUCGAAACCAGUUCUGCUGGGCGUGCCUAUGGGCUGCGGGGAUUGCUUGGGUCUCUACGACAGGAGAAGUUGUCGGUUAGUGCUUUCUACACUAAGUUGCGAACCUUGUGGGACGAGCUUCAAACAGUUAGUAUAAACCCUCGCUGCACUUGUGGAGGCUGCUCUUGUGACAUUGCCAAGCAGACACGUGAGAAGCAAGAGGGUGCACAUUUAUUUGACUUUCUUCUCGGCUUGGACGACACCUUUUCUGUGGUGCGCUCCCAAAUUUUGAGCUCCAAGCCGAAGCCAUCUCUUGCUGAAGCUUACCAGCAAAUUGAAACAGAAGAGCAACAGAAGCAGCUGGCGGCAGCUCGUCGUCCUGUGGUGGAGUUCGCCGCUUUUCACUCCCGUGGCGACAAAGAUGCUUAUUCUGAAGAUAAGCCACGAUGUAGCCACUGUCGCAAACGUGGUCAUACCAAAGACAUGUGCUUUCGACUCAUUGGCUACCCAUCCGAGCAAGGCAAAGGGCGCACUAGUGAUGCCCGAGCAGAUCGCCCCGCUUCGAGUCGGCGUCCACAACACGAGGGAGUCUCGCGGGCAGCGCAAGUCGACUUAGAUGAUAGCCCCAUCCCUGGGCUGACCAGUGCCCAGUUUCAGCAGCUGAAACAGUUCUUCAAUGCACCUACAUCUGGGCCUUCGGAUCCCACGGCUCACAUGGCUGGUAUUGUCACUGAACCCUAUGAAUGGCUUAUUGACUCGGGUUGUAAUGAGCACAUCGUUAUGGAUGCUAGUUGGCUUGAUAAACUUGAUCGCAGUGAUCAUUAUGCGCCUGUUCGUAUCCUGAAUGGGAGAUGCAUUCCUGUCGAAGGAACGGGCUCCGUUGCACUCACUAAUCGGAUUACAUUGCAUAGGGUCCUUCAUGUGCCAGAGUUCAAGUGUAUCUCUUGUCAGUUAGUCGGCUCACACAGGACCAUAAUGUGGCCUUACUCUUCUUGGCUGACUUUUGUGUUCUUCAGGACUUACGUUCCAGGAUAGUGAUUGGACCGGGUCGCCUUCGUGAUGGCCUUUAUUACUUACAGCGGUGUCCGAAAGUCGUACAGGGCAUGAAACUGGGCAUUUGCUACCGCGAGCAGUGACGACAGCAUGCUCUGGCAUCGGAGAUUGGGACAUCCGUCUGUGGACAAAUUUUCUUUGUUACGUACUGUUUUGGGUUCGAAAAGUAUUGGUUCUUCCAGUGGGCAUUGUGAUUCUUGUUGGCGUGCUAAGCAGACUCGUACAGUUUUCCCUUCUGGGUCCAUUACGACCAGUGGUUGUUUUGAUUUGAUACAUAUGGAUAUUUGGGGUGGCUAUAAAACACCUUCUCUGGA